AUGAAUAAGGAUGCUCACAAGUUUGUUUCAAGAUACGACAAGUGCCAAAGAAGUGGUGGCAUAACCAAAAGAGAUGAAAUGCCUCAACAAAACAUUUUGGAAGUUAAGCCUUUUGAUGUUUGGGGUGUCGACUUUAUGGGGCCUUUUGUCUCCUCAUGUGGGAAUUUAUACAUCUUGGUAGCGGUUGACUAUGUGACUAAGUGGAUUGAAGCCAUACCUUCCCCUACCGAUGAUCAUAAGGUCGUGCUUAAGCUUCCUAAGAAAAUCAUCUUUCCACGGUUUGGGGUUCCUAGGGUGCUAAUUAGUGAUGGAGGUUCCCACUUUGCCAAGAAGCAACUCGAAUCUUUGUUAGAAUGUGGUUGA